GCGGUUUCGCAGGCCACCGUGUUUUGGGCGGACAUAAAAUAUCGAAUCAUUUCUUUCUCAUGAAGUACAUGAUACUUAUAAAUUAUAAAUAAGGAUCGUAUCGUAAUCGCAUAGAUUUGUAUCGAAACUGCCCAUGUAUUUACGGGGCAAAUAAUUAACAUUUUAAUAAUGCUAGCUUUACCUGAUUUCUUUCUUUGUCUUUCACGAGGCCGACGAGGGAAAUUCACUCUUGUGCUUGAAGUCAAAAUAAACUAAAGCAGUUCAUAUCUAAGAAGAUGUCCAGCAUGGAGGUGAAAACAGAUGUGUUAGCAGCAGUUUCAUCUACUGUAGAUAUACAGUCAAAUGAAUUGACAGAGGUUUCAUCUUCUGAAGAUUUGAAACCAGAUCUAUCGACCAUAUUUUCAUCUUCUGCUGGCAUCAAAACAGAAUUAUUGACAUUUAUUAAUUUCCAGGAUAUAAAACCUAACAUGUCAUUUAAAACUUCUCAAGAUGUUAAACCUGAUGUUAAUUCAGAAUUUUCUUCUUCUAAUGACAUAAAACCAGAAUUAUCAUUUUUUAAUGUUCAGGAUAUAAAACCUAACAUGUCAUUUAAAACUUAUCAAGAUGUUAAACCUGAUAAUACAUUUUCAAUUGAAAAAAUUAAUAAGAAACCUGCUGCGUCAGCAGAAUUUUCAGCAUCUGAAAGUUUAAAACCAGAAUUAUUAACUUCUGAAAAUUUAAAACAAGAUUUCACAACAGAAUUUUUAUUUUUUGAGGAUAAACAAGAAAAUGGACUUGAAGAAAAUCUACAAUUGUCUAGGGACAACGGAAAUAAAAUUGUUUAUUAUAAUCAAACAUUUUCUCAAAGUUCUGAAAGUAAUAUGCAUAAAAAUGUUCAUUCUGAAGAUAAGCCAUAUAAGUGUGAGGUCUGUCUUAAAAGGUUUUCUCAAAGUUUUCAUUUAAGAGAACAUAAAAAUGUUCAUUCAGGAGAAAGGCCACAUGAAUGUGAUGUUUGUUAUAAAAGGUUUUCUCAAAGUUCUCCUUUAAGAGAACAUAAAAUGGUUCAUUCAGGAGAAAGGCCACAUGAAUGUGAUGUUUGUCAUAAAAGAUUUUCUAGUUCUCAGUUAAGAGCACAUAAAAGGAUUCAUUCAGGAGAUAAACCACAUGAAUGUGAUGUUUGUCAUAAAAGGUUUUCUAGAAAUUGUGAAUUAAAAAUACAUAAAAAUGUUCAUUCUGGAGAUAAGCCAUAUGAAUGUGAUGUUUGUCAUAAAAAGUUUGGUCAGAAGACACAUCUAUUACGUCACAAAAAUGUUCAUACAGGAGAUAAGCCAUAUGAAUGUGAUGUUUGUCAUCACAAGUUUUCUCAAAGGUCUAACUUAAGUACACAUAAAAAGAAGCAUUCAGGAGAAAAUGCAUAUAAUUCUGGAGAUAAGCCAUAUGAAUGUGAUGUUUGUCUGAAAAGAUUUUAUUAUAGUUAUGAUUUAAGAGAACACAAAAAAGUUCAUUCAGGAGAUAAACCACAUGAAUGUGAUGUUUGUCAUAAAAGGUUUUCUAGAAAUUAUGGUUUAAAAAUGCAUAAAAAUGUUCAUUCUGGAUAUAAGCCAUAUGAUUAUGAAUGUGAUGUUUGUCAUAAAAGGUUUACUCGAAGUUCUAACCUAAAUCAACAUAAACAGAUUCAUUCAGGAGUAAGGCCAUAUGAAUGUGAUGUUUGUCAUAAAAGGUUUUCUCUAAGUUCUGUUUUAAGAAGACAUAAAAAAAUUCAUUCUGGAGAUAAACCACAUGAAUGUGAUGUUUGUCAUAAAAGGUUUUCUCAAAGUUCUCAUUUAAGAAUACAUAAAAAGCUUCAUUCAGGAGAUCAACCACACGAAUGUGAUGUUUGUCAUAAAAGGUUUUCUCAAAGUUCUGAUUUAAGAAGACAUAAAAAUAUUCAUUCUGGAGAUAAACCACAUGAAUGUGAUGUUUGUCAUAAAAGGUUUUCUCUAAAAUGUAUUUUAAAAACACAUAAAAAAAUUCAUUCAGGAGAUAAACCACAUGAAUGUGAUGUUUGUCAUAAAAGGUUUUCUCUAAAAUGUAUUUUAAGAACACAUAAAAAAAAUCAUUCAGGAGAAACGCCUCAUGAAUGUGAUGUUUGUCAUAAAAGGUUUUCUCUAAAAUGUAAUUUAAAAACACAUAAAAAAAAUCAUUCAGGAGAAACGCCUCAUGAAUGUGAUGUUUGUCAUAAAAGGUUUUCUCUAAAAUGUAAUUUAAAAACGCAUAAAAAAAUUCAUUCAGGAGAAAGGCCACAUGAAUGUGAUGUUUGUCAUAAAAGGUUUUCUCUAAAAUGUAUUUUAAAAACACAUAAAAUAAUUCAUUCAGGAGAUAAACCACAUGAAUGUGAUGUUUGUCAUAAAAGGUUUUCUCUAAAAUGUAUUUUAAGAACACAUAAAAAAAAUCAUUCAGGAGAAACGCCUCAUGAAUGUGAUGUUUGUCAUAAAAGGUUUUCUCUAAAAUGUAAUUUAAAAACGCAUAAAAAAAUUCAUUCAGGAGAAAGGCCACAUGAAUGUGAUGUUUGUCAUAAAAGGUUUUCUCAAAGUUCUCAUUUAAGAAGACAUAAAAAGAUUCAUUCAGGAGAUAAACCACAUGAAUGUGAUGUUUGUCAUAAAAAGUUUUCUCGGAGUGAUCAUUUAACAACACAUAAAAAGCUUCAUUCCAGGGUUUUAUUUUUAUACCCGCAUGGUUUUGUUCAGGCCGCAAGUUAAUUUGCCUGUUUCAAAUUAUAUAAAAUUGACCUCCAUUAGACAAGUAAAAUGACAUCAGGCCAGCAGUCACAGUGAGAUCAAAACUUCUGAGCAGACAAUCUUUUUUUUUGUAAACACUUUUUCAUCUUUUACUAAAUGACCUUAAUCAUUAUAUUUAGAGGUAUAGAAUCACAAAUCAUACGAUCAAACUCUACUGGAUGCAAUGUAUAACUCAAACAGACCAUAUGUUAAAACUUCCCUCUCCCUCCCCACUAUUUACAUGUCUUAUGGAACUAACCCCAAGUUUCAUGUUGCUCCAACCAUUGCUAAGGCUUAUGGUCACUUCCUUAUUUUUGCUAGAUGAAUGGGUUUUUUAAAUAUAGAUUUAAUCUUUCUCCACACCUUCUCAAUAUGAACUUUAUGCCAAAUCUCAGACUCCUCUCUGCAUGCUAUGUGAUUGAAAAGAGUAUAAAAUAAUUUUCUUCACUUAUUCAUAUAGGCUAUACAAUCUAUUUAAAGAUUAACAACACAUUUCAAUGUCAUAAAUUAACAUUUCAUUUUUUAAAACAGCAUAACAAUUAUAAAUUUGAAGAAAAGAAAGACUAUAGCUGCAAUUGUUACAUUUUGGUAUCUUAGUUUUAACAUGUGAAUUUUCAUUGUGUUUUAAUUUAAUAUUCCUUAUUAAAAAAAGCUUUGUAAUGUAAAUUCUAAAGUAGUGAAUCAUUUGAAAUUGUAAUAAAAAUGUUAAGAAAUAAAAUGGUUAAAGUGU